AUGGAUGAAGUUAUUGGAUCGUUGCCAAAGUCAUCUGAUCGUGAGUCUAGGCUAAAAGCCAUUAAGUCGGCUAUCGGGAUUAUACCAGAUUUCCCAAAACAGGGCAUUAUUUUCUGGGACUUUUUUGGCGUUUUUAGAGACCCUGUUUUAACUCAAUACCUAUUAGAUGAAUUAUAUUAUGUGGCUACAUCCGAGAUAGAGCGUAAAUUUACAAAAAUUAACGUUAUUGUGGGUCUCGAGUCACGUGGUUUUCUACUUGGACCAGCACUUGCCCUUCGUCUGAACUGCUCUUUCGUCCCUAUUCGAAAAGCAGGAAAACUUCCAGGUCCUUGUUUCUCUUAUAACUACGAAUUGGAAUAUGGGAAUAGUGUUGUAGAAAUUCAAAAGGAUGUUCUCAAGCCUGAUGAUAAUGUAGUCCUUUUUGAUGAUGUUUUGGCCACUGGUGGGAGUCUUGAAGCUGGUAUAAAAUUGGUAAACUUAUCUGGAGCUAGAAUACUAUCCAGUUUGUUGUUUAUGGAACUGAAAGGUUUGGGUGCACGUAAAAGGAUAGAAGAUCUUGGCGUACCUGUUCACACAGUCUUUCAAGCUUGA